AUGGCCAAUCAGACCACACUCAAUAGCUCCCUCCCACCUAACAUAAUUUGCACAGAAGAUAACAAGUUUGAGAUAAAGAUUGUGACUGCUGGACAAAAUGUGACCCUGACAUGUCCUCGCCAGAAUUCUGAUCUCUACCAAGAAACAUUUUACUGGAUCCGCCUUGUUUCUGGAAACUGGCCUGAAUUUCUUGGAGCAACAUUUAACUUUGAGUUUGAUGAUGUUUCUAAGAUUCCUCGCAUUGAGACAAAACAAGAGCAAGGAGAAUUUCUUCUUCAUAUUAAUGAAGCUCAGCAAAAUGAUAUUGGUCUUUACUACUGUAUUAAAAUCAGACAACUUGACUUCAUCUUUCUGAAUGGAACCUUUCUACAAAUUAAAGGACAGGAAUCAGAUGUAACUGUUGUCCCUCCGAAGUCUCCAUCUGGUCCAGUACAUCCAGAAAACCCAGAGACUCUACAGUGUUUGGUUCUCUCUAACUCUGAGAGGAAAACAUGUCCAGCAGAUAAUAGGGUGUACUGGUUCAGAGCUGGAUCAGAUAAUAAUCAUCCCAGUUUACUUUAUCUCCAAGGAAACAGUGGAGAUGAAUGUGAGAAGAGUCCUGAAGCUCCCUCUGCACAGAAAUGUUUCUACAACUUUCCUGAAACCUCUGAUGCUGGGACUUAUCACUGUGCUGUGGCUGCAUGUGGACAGAUAUUAUUUGGAAAUGGAGUGAAAUCGAAUUUCAAAGCACCCAGCAUUUGGUCGCAGGAGGUCAACAUUGUUUGUUAUUUUGGCUUGGCCAUAAGCCUAAGCGUUUUAGCUGUCCUUAUUUAUGCCGUCAAGGGGAGCAAUGGCAACGCUUCAGCUGUACCUCAUGCAAACAGCACAGUAUGCAAAAACCAGCAGGCGAAUGUUUACACUACUGUCAUCUUCUCAGUAAUGAAGGCUGAUUGUGGAAAAAUUAAGGCAAACCCAAAGACAAAGAAGAUCUACGCUGCUGUUACGGCUUUUGUGCAGGAAUACUGGUCAAAUACCAAUGAAUCUGGUCAUGCUCACUUUACAACUUAGCAAAUUUAGAAAUAGUAAAAGUCAUUAUUCCAUUAACUGUUAAAGCCAGCGUAUUUGAAGGAUUUUGUAUAAUUGCAAUUUUUCAAAAAUAAUUUGCAACCAGAGUCCUGUUGUUCUGAAUAAUGCUGUGGUAUAAACACACAUGCUUCGAUAAUUGUUUAGCACACUAGGAAAAGCUGGUAUUUUGAUUGAUAAUUAAACCUCAUAACUUUGCUUUUUUUUUCAUUUUAUUAGUCUUUUUUAUGCUUUCAGUAAUGUAAAUAUGAAUGAAAGGUAACUAAUUGACUUGGUUUUUCAAAUGCUCUUUUAAUGAACUUAGCCCCUUAAAAAUCUUACUAAGUAAGAAUCUAACUGAGCAUUAUUCAAGUUUUUCAUGGGUGCACUCAGAUACUCCACUGCUCAGUCAGCAAAUCCAUUUUUCUUACAAUUAUGACACCUUUUAAAAGGAAGUUAACAACAUCCAACAGAGUAAGAUUUAUUCCCAGCAAGCAUUUUUACAACAAAGAAAUAAUCAACCAACCACAGAUUUGCCUACAAUGUGCUAAAAAUAUAAAAAUUUAAGAUAUAAGAUGAUCCAUCUGUGUUGUUUUACUAGAGCUCCUUAAUUGGUUUGUCAUGUAAUUGAGUCUAAUACAAUAAUAUUUGCCUUUUUUAAUAAGCAUGGACGCUGAAUGUUGAUAAUAGAUAAUUAUUGCAGUUCAGGACAAGCUGUAUAUAGCUGUGUAUCGCGUCUGAGUGACUGCAGUUAAAAAAGCUGUUUCCAGUUGUGGUUUCUGUCAUUCUUUAUCUGUGAAACAGAAAGAGAUAAGGAUUUGUAAGACACUGCCACCAAUGCAAAGCUAAUGUGUUGUGGCUUUUGUGUUUUGGGUAUUCUCCCUUAAUGUUUUUAAAUAUUUGUCUUUGUAAACUAUGCCAGUCAUGCUUUGUGCCUCAUUUUCCUCCACAACAAUGUCCAGGUUGUCAUCUCUCAUUCCUUUAUCUGGGGAGUGUUUAUUGAAUUAUUUGCUUCUUGCUAAUUUUAUUUGCUCUUUGUAACAAACUCUGUAUAUGACUCUUACCUGUUAGUGCAUUUCUGAUUGUCUCUUUGUACUGACAGAACAUUAUUUUAUUUUGAUUACAUUGUUUGCAUUUUUUAGCGCAGCAUGGUAGCUCUGAUGAUACAACAACCACAAGCAGAAGCAUUACUAAUAUCACCCACAAACAUUAUGCUGUAAAAUGAUGUAUGUUACAUUCUUAAAAUGCUAAAAUGUAAUGAGAUGAUUUUGUUUUUUACUGGACAUAGUGCUCUAUGAUACAAAUACCACAGAAACAUGAGCAGUGUAGCAACAGCUACAC